AUGAAUACUUCCAUAUCUCCAGAUUCCAAGCCGGCAGUCUCACUGGUGGGCCCUAUCGGGGCUUUUAUGGUGGAGUUGCUGAUCUGGAACGGAUCGCCCUUCAAAGAUCACUGGGCGUACUUUGUUCGGUCGGAUGCGGACCCUGAUAUCGGCGUAAAGAUACACGCGACUGGCAAUGUAAGAAGUGGCUUCGAGUUCGAAAUCAAGCGCAGUGAAAACUUGCGAACAACCGACGACAUUCCUUCGACAAGGGUCCCGCUGCAAUGGGUCGACGCAAGCUACUUUGACGAGAAGGCUAUGCUUAACGACGGAGAAUACAAAAUCGACAUUCGCCUGUCUGUGGCUUCGAGAGGAGUGCUUACCAGAUCAAAGCUCCAGGGAAAAUCCAAACCAGGCAGGAAAGUCAUUCAGAGGGACUGCCAGACAUGGAUUGUCGAGUCUGCUGAUCAACUUCACCGUGAUAAUAUUUUGAGCAAUGGGGUUGCCGCUUACCUUCACGCAAUUAAACAGUGA